AUGAGCACAGCCUCAGUGGUAGACCGACCUUUUCUGGUCCCUGAGACCAUGGAACAAACUCCGCCAUCUGCGAACCCUGGUGCACCACGCUCGCGCAAACGUCGUCCUCGACCUACCCAUAAUCGCGAAAGACAACAGAAUAGACCAGCUCCGUCAACCGAUGAACAGCCUCAUCAGCCUCAGCAAAAUGCCCCUUCGGUUCCGGGACCUCUAAACGAUGGUCGUCCGCGGCAAAGGAGAAGAGGUCGUGGGGGUCCUGGGAAAGCAACCCAACCUCAACAGGCACCAAAUGGAGAGCAGAGUGGAGAUACCUCUGCCCCGCGGAGUCGGGGAAUGAGGGCACGAGGGUUUGGGGCUCGGUUGACGCGGCCUGAUCAAGUUUCAGGAGAACAGCUACAGGGAGUAGAGGACAGUGAGGGCUUACGGGGCAAUGCGCCGUCUUUUGUACCUGGCACGUCGGCAUCCAACACUCGGCCAUCCCCGUCAGAAUCUGGAGCUCCAAGCAAAGGAAAGGGGAAGUCAGUUACCAAACCACCGCCGAAGUCACCCAAGACAAAGUCAUCGGCCGAGGAUAUUGCCACGCGUACCCAUGAGGAUAUCGCCAAUAAUCUCUACGAGUGCCCUAUUUGCACGAAUGAACUCAGCAGAAGAACUAAGAUUUGGUCAUGUGAGCUGUGUUGGACAGUUUUCCACCUCAGCUGCAUUAAGAAAUGGUCGACAAAUGAGGGGGCCGCCGCAGCAAGACAGCCGGCGAAUAGCGAUGCCGCUCGUGCCUGGCGAUGCCCUGGAUGCAAUCUGUCACACGAAACAUUUCCUUCAGGAUAUACCUGCUGGUGUGAGAAGGAGGUUGAACCAAAACCAUACCCUGGUUUGCCGCCGCACUCAUGUGGUCAGACAUGCUCGCGAGCCCGCAAGGGCUGUCCUCAUCCAUGUGAUGCAACCUGUCACGCUGGCCCAUGUGCUCCUUGUACAGCAAUGGGACCAACUCAAGAUUGUUAUUGUGGUCGAAAUUCUUCAACAAACCGAUGCCAAACCACUGAUUAUGAAAAUGGCUGGAGCUGCGGGGAGAUAUGUGGAGACUUGCUACCAUGUGGUGAACACACCUGCCCUCUCCCUUGCCACGAGGGCUUGUGUGGUGCUUGCGAAGUCAAGCUUACCGUGUCUUGCUACUGUGGAAAGGAAGUCAGUGAAAUGAUGUGCAGUUCUACGGAGGAGAAAAUCCAGAGCCAACUGUUUAAUGAAGACGAUGGCUCCACACGGGAAUGGGAAGGACGAUUUAGCUGCAAAACUUCUUGCAACCGCCCAUUGGACUGUGGGGUUCACUCAUGCCAAAAGGGCUGCCACUCUCAGCAUUUACACCCCGCUCAUUGUCCUCGAUCACCGAACGUUGUUAAACGGUGCCCAUGUGGGAAAACAGAAUUAGCUAGCAUUCCUGGCUUCACUCCUCGUAGCUCUUGCGAAGACCCGAUUGCUAACUGCCUGGAAGCAUGCGGCAAGAUGCUUGCAUGUGGACAUUCCUGCGAUAAGAUUUGCCAUACAGGCCCCUGUGGCGUAUGUCGACGUGACGUGCCUAUUUCAUGUCAAUGCGGUCGUACUACGUCAAUGACCAUCUGCCAUCAAGGCGAUAUUCAACCUCCUAUGUGUUUCCGUGUUUGCAAGACGAAUCUUCAUUGCAGUCGCCAUACAUGCAGUGAGAGAUGCUGCCCUGGAGAGACCAAGGCCAUCGAACGCCAGGCCUUGCGCCGCAAGUUGAAGGCCCACCUUCGUCCUUCGGAUGAGGACUUUGAAGCGGAGCACAUAUGUACUCGUAUAUGUGGUCGGAUGCUGAAAUGCGGACGACACACGUGUCCGGAACUCUGUCAUAAAGGUCCUUGCAACACUUGCCGGGAUGCCGUCUUCGAGGAGAUUUCGUGUAAUUGCGGAAGAUCUGUUCUUUACCCGCCACAGCCAUGUGGAACUAAACCUCCUCCAUGCUCUCGUCCUUGCGACAGGCCCAAAGUGUGUGGACACCCCCAGACUGCGCACAAUUGCCAUACAGAUGAUGAGACCUGCCCCAAAUGCCCUUUCUUGACUGACAAGGAUUGUCUGUGUGGCAAGCGGGUAAUGAAAAAUGUACCCUGCUGGCUCUCAGAUACGCGAUGCGGUCAAAUCUGCGGGAAGCCACUUAAAUGUGGCUCUCACUUUUGCAAGAAAGAUUGCCAUCGACUGGGUGAAUGUGAAGACGCAAAUAAAACUUGCGAACAGGAUUGUGGAAAGAACAAGUCCUUGUGUGGCCAUCCUUGCACCGUGCCAUGCCAUGCGCCUUAUCCGUGUCCCGAGAAGACAGCUUGUUCAUCCUUGAUUGAGGUAGCAUGUAGUUGCGGACGAUUACACCAGACAAGACGUUGUAAUGCUGUCAAGGCUAUCACCUCCAAAGGCCAGCUUCAGCAACCUGAGCGUUUGCCAGUACUUACCCCACUCACCUGCGACGAUGAAUGCACCCGUCUAGAACGCAACCGCUCUUUAGCGUCUGCCCUCGGCGUCAACAUUAAUCAGGCCACAACUGUGCAGGCCUUCACGCCUAAUAACCUACCCUACUCAUCCGAAACCCUCGAUCACUACAUAAAACUUGCCUCAAUGUCUCCCCUAUCCACCCUUCAAACUUACGAAUCAACCCUUCAUUCUCUGGCAGCCGAUCCGUCCACUCGAUCGAUCCGGUUCCAGCCUGCUAAGGCCACCCUCCGUGCAUUCAGCCACUGUCUAGCAGCGGACUGGGGAUUUGUCACAGAAAGCCACGACCCAGAACCACACCGUCACGUCUUCGUCUUGAAGCCACUAACCUGGACACCGCCCAUAUUUGGUUUAGGAAGUGGCACUCAGAUCGGAAUCGGCGGCAUGAGUGUGCGCGGCUGCGUGAAGUUCCGCGAACGAGAGCGUACAAAAGAACGCGAAGCUCAACGCCUUGCUGCAUACGAGGCAAAGGUAGCCCGUGACUCGGCGAGGGAACAAUCUAGUGGCGACGGCUGGGCUCAGGUUGCUUCAAGAAGUAAGAAGCCCGGAGAAAGUAGCACGCCCAGUACUAGGAGCAGCACACCAAUGCAGAGCUCCUUUGGUAGCCAGUCCAGGUUCUCUGCCCUUGUGGGAGGCGGAAUGCCAGAUGGCGCUACUGGCAAGAAGCAACGACUGGUUCUUCGCUCGGGUGUUAGUGCGGGCAAGGCAUUGCGCGCACAACCUGCGCCUGAAGUUGUCGAGAGCUGGGAGGAAGCUGAGGAAAAGGAAGAGGAGGUUGAGCGAGAGCAGGAGAGAGUUGCCCAUGAAGAACUCCAGCAUGAAGAACUCCAGCAUGAAGAACUUCAGCAUGAGGAAAUCCAGCAUGAGGAAAUUCAGCAUGAGGAAAUUCAGCAUGAAGAGUUACAGGAGACGGAAAGUGGCAACUGA